UUCACGCACGACCGAUUGAACUCUGCUUGCUGUCACCAAGAUGUGGGGGUCCGGGGGGGGAGCUUUGACUUGCCCGUCUCUCUCCAGGUGGCGUCCGGCCCCGUGUGGGGGGGGGUAUCCUGUGUCCGUCGCUCCUCUUCACUCUGCCUCUUUCAGGGCUCCCAAGAUGCAACGGGAGGUCAGGAGGGACUGGUAGCUCCGCCCUUCUCAGCCUUCCCGCCCCCACCGCCGCCCCCGCCCCCUCAGAACGGCCUGGGAUUGGAGUUCGGCAGUGGCCUCUUCGGCGCCGGGGGACAGAGGCCAGUGGAGGGCGGAACUGGAGUUGCUGGUUCCACUGGCACCAAUAACGGCUUGAGCGCAGUGACGGAUGGAACCGGCCAGGUCGAGGCAGGCAGUCAGUGUGGAGUGCGGCCUGGGGGCGCGGCAGUGGGAGGAGCCUCUGGGGGCGAGGGGUCAGAAGCCAAAGGCACACCCAAGCGUCUCCACGUCUCAAACAUCCCGUUCCGCUUCCGGGACCCCGACCUCAGGCAGAUGUUUGGGCAAUUUGGAAAAAUCCUCGAUGUGGAAAUCAUCUUUAACGAGAGAGGGUCGAAGGGGUUUGGCUUUGUGACAUUCGAGUCCAGUGCUGAUGCGGAGAAGGCUCGUGAAAAGCUACAUGGGACCCUGGUGGAGGGUCGCAAGAUCGAGGUGAAUAAUGCCACUGCCCGGGUGAUGACCAAUAAGAAGCUAGUCAGCCCGUACACCAACGGGGAGGGGCUGGGCUCGCUGCCAUAUGGCUGGAAGCUGAGCCCCAUGGUGGGGGCCGUCUACGGGCCCGAGCUCUACGCGGUACCCGGGUUCCCGUACCCCGCUACCACGGCAGCUGCCUUCCGUGGGGCUCACCUGAGGGGUCGGGGUCGCCCCGUGUACGGCGCCGUCCGCGCCGCCGUCCCCCAGCCCGCCAUCCCCGCGUAUCCAGGUGUGGUGUAUCAGGAUGGGUUUUAUGGAGCCGCAGAACUAUAUGGGGGGUACACGGCUUAUCGCUACGCCCAGCCCGCCGCCGUAGCUGGAGCGACGGCUGCCGCAGCCGCUGCCGCCGCUUACAGCGACAGUUACGGCCGAGUGUAUGCCGCGGACCCCUACCACGCCCUGGCCCCUGCCGCAGCCGCCGCGUACGGAGUGGGCGCCAUGGCCAGUUUGUACCGGGGCGGAUACAGUAGAUUUGCCCCUUACUGAAUGACCUCGACGUCUCUGACCCCCCACGCCCCCCUCCCCCCUUCUGUAGUUCAGGAAUCAAAUCUCCAUCUGUCUCCCCGGAAAGGUGUUGUCUGUUAGAGGCACAGCCCGCAAAGAAAAAAGGCGUCAAAUGUAAUUGUCAGUUACACCUCCAAACCAUGAUAUUACAGGAAAUCAACCAUCCAGAAACUGCUGGGACGUACCAGGACAGCCACUGGCAGAGGCUCUGGACUUGACAGGCUGUGGAUAAACAGAAUGGCCACCGUCAGGCCCUGCGGUCAUGCUGUUCAGCUCCAUUAACACCAUCCUUUAAGAGUAGAACAUCUAGAAUCAACCAAUGCACAGUUGCAAAUUACACUCUUUUUUUCCCCAAUAUAUCAGCUUUUUUUUGUCAGUUUGGUGUUAAGCGCACACCUCUUUGGAAGGUACCACUUUGGGUGAAUUUUUUAGGGGGGGUGCAACCGAGUUAAUAGGGCACAGAUAUUCAAGCUCAUAUUGAAGUGGAGCAACUUUAAAGAAAACUUUACAAUGAUCAGCUGCGGAAAAACACAAAACACAAACGCAAAACUGACAAUGGGAAAAGAAAUGCAAAAAUGACUCUUUUGAUAUGCAUUACCUCAUUCGGGUUUUUGUCUAUGGGGAAAAUUAGUAGUCGAAUAAUAGUUACUACAAAAGGCAUUAACAUAAAUUAGAUGCGUCACACCGCUCGUCUUGCGUUUUAACAAACUUAUUGUUACUGUUAUUAUAAUGAUUAUUAUGAUUAUUAUUUACAAUUUUCUCCUGUGAAAUAUUCCUCUUUGUUCCUGAGUAUCUGUACCACAGUUAUGAAUAUAAUUGCUGUCUCUCUUA